UUGACGUUGUGUUUCCCAAAAAAAAAAAAAAAAAAAAAAGAUUGAAGAUGGCGACCAGCUCGGAGCGCAGUCCUCCUCCGUUCCCCGACUCCGAGGACCAAGAUGUGCUGGACUCCGAAGAAGUCGGAGGCCGAGACAGUGAUGAGGACGACGGGGAGGACCUCUUCCUGAGCACGAGCAACCCUCCACUGAUCGAAAUGGACCCCACACUGCCAACCACCAGCCAGCCCACUGAUGUUUUAAUGGAGCCCCCCACUGACAUCAUGAAUGACCCUUUAAUUGAGCCCGUCAGCAGCCAAACAGAGAAAAAAGAGAGCGAAGUUGUCAGCGAACCCUCAGAUGAUUUUGUUGACCUGACAAACAACAUUUCCGACUCUCCUACCGACUACCCUGAUGAGUCAGUUGAAGUUAAAAUUGCCGAUGCAGAUAAAUACUCAACUGAAAUCCCUUUAGAUGAACCCUCAGAAGAAUUCGUCGACAUAUUUGGAAGUGAUGCUGAAGCACCCCAAGAGGAAGUUGUGGUAGAUGAUAUGGAGUCGGUAGAAACGGCAAUGGAAAAAAGUGAAGUGACCAGCGGUGUAAUAGAGCUACUUGUUGACGGAAACACAGAAAGUGAUGCUGAACAGGAAGCAGAAGAAACUCCCACUGCUCCAGUUAUCGACCUCAGUGUUGAUUUGCAAACCUCUAACACACAACAGGCACCUAGCAGGGUCACAUUUGUUGACCCUUUGGUUGACCUUCUAAGUGAUGCUCCACCUGCCGCUGAAGCCCCAAAACCAAGCCCUGCGACAAUAGAUCUGUUUGAAGAUGAGGGGAGUGAUUUGUUUACAGAACCACGGCAGACUAAAUCAGCCAAGCAGCCACAGAAAAGCCUCUUUGGUGAAACUGAUGAGGAUCUGUUCAGUGAGCCGCUGGGUGCCACCUCAAAGAAAACCGUCAUCAAAGAGCAGAAGGAGAAGUCUGUCACAACCAAAGCUGCUGGGGACAGUAGCAACAUAGGUGGGCCUCUGCUAGACAGCAGUCCCGCAGAACCUGCUGAUAUUUUCACUGAGGAGGCUGUCACAACAGUGCCCAGCACCACUACCACCAACACUAACGGAGUCCACUCUGAAGUGGAGCCAGAUAUUUUUGCAGAAGCCACAGUGGAGCUUUCCCUUGACAGUCCUCGGGGAGAGAGAAAGAAGGAUGUGACAGCCAAACCGUCUGUAUCCGCCCCUUCCCUGUCAGCUGCUGCCAGCCUGGCCAAGCCGCAGUCUGCUUCCCUGGAGGAGUUGGAGGAAGAGGAAGAAGAAGAGCAGGAGGAUAAAUUUGACAUCUGUAUCUCUGUCAAAGACCCUGAAAAAAUAGGGGAUGGAAUGAAUGCCUACAUGGCUUACAAAGUAGCCACACAGACCACAAUGGCGAUGUUCCGCAACAAGAAUUUGACGGUGAGGCGACGUUUCAGCGACUUCCUCGGCCUCUAUGAGAAGCUUUCUGAAAAACAUGGACCAAAUGGUUUAAUUGUGCCUCCUCCACCGGAGAAAAGCAUCCUGGGUAUGACUAAGGUGAAGGUGGGAAAGGAAGAUUCCUCAUCUGCAGACUUUGUCGAGAGAAGAAGAGGCGCCUUGGAGAGGUAUCUCCAGAGGGUGGUUAAUCACCCAUCACUUAUCCAAGAUCCAGAUGUCAGAGAGUUUCUGGAGAGAGAAGAAUUGCCAAGAGCUGUGAGCACCCAGGCUCUGAGUGGGGCCGGCUUCCUGAAAAUGAUCACCAAAGCAACAGAUGCUGUCAGUAAAAUGACCAUCAAGAUGAAUGAGUCAGACGUGUGGUUUGAGGAGAAGCUGCAGGAGGUGGAGUCUGCAGACCAACAGUUCAGGAAACUCCACGCGCUGGUGGAAUCUCUGGUCGUCCACAGGAAAGAGCUGUCGUUAAAUACAGCCAGCUUUGCCAAAAGCACGGCCAUGCUGGGCAGCGCGGAGGACAACACCGCUCUGUCCCGGGCUCUCUCUCAGCUGGCUGAGGUGGAGGACAAGAUGGAGCAGCUGCACCAGGAUCAGGCCGCCAACGACACCUUCAACUUUGCAGAAGUCAUGGCAGAUUAUAUCCGCCUGCUCGGAGCCGUGAGGGGGUCGUUUGAUCACCGGAUGAAGGCGUGGCAGCGCUGGCAGGAUGCUCAGGCGGCGCUGCAGAAGAAGAGGGAGACCGAGGCCAAACUGCUGUGGGCCAACAAGCCGGACAAACUGCAGCUGGCCAAAGAGGAGAUUGCCGAGUGGGAGGCCAAAGUGACGCAGUAUGAGAGAGACUUCGACAGAGUUACUGCUACUGUACGCAAGGAAGUCGUCCGCUUUGAGAAAGAAAAGGCCAAGAAUUUCAAAAGACAGAUCGUUAAGUACUUGGAGUCUCUGCUUCAGUCUCAGCAACAGCUGAUAAAAUACUGGGAGGCUUUCUUACCAGAAGCGAAAGCAAUCGCCUAAUCUUCUCGCACCAGCCUUUUGGACGCUGAGCAGGCUGCCUUUUUCUUAUACACUUUACCUCUUGCCUUUAAACCAAGGAAAAUGCAUUGUAAAGGGAGAUACAAUCAGCCAGUUUUUUAAUCACCUUUAACAUAUAGCUCUGUAUUCUAUUGUAUUAAUAAUUGUAUAUUUUCAUUUAACCUUUCACAAAUAUUUUCUUAUUAGAUGAAAAAAAAGAAAAGAGUUUGCAUAUACGAAGAUAUGGACACGCUGAAAAGAGAAAAGCAUAGAGACAAAUUUUUCCAUAAAUUUCCACCAGAGAAGGGAAACAUGAGUCGCUUGUUCUCAGGACUUUCUCCCUCGUGUGAUCAGGAUCUCCUUCACAUCAGCGGUUAAUUGUUUACAGCGGCUGCUAUCUCAUCAAAUCUUUCUGGGGACCUAGAUGUAGAAAGCGGCCUGAUGUCUCACUCUUUUUAUUUUUUUUAAUGACUCAAAGGGAUAAAAAAAAAUAAAUGAACAGUUUAAGGAAUUAGAAUAAUGAGCACUUCCACCAGGUGGAUAAAGAACUUAAUUACCAGCCAUUUGUUUUCUUUACUUUUCGGAUUUCAAAUCAUGUCGAUGCUGGGGGGGGGGGGCAGGGGCAGGUUGUUGAGAGGCAUUAGAUUAGCAGGGUCUACAGCUGUGGUCAAGGGUUGCAUUGUAGGUCAAGCUUGUGAGUUUAAUGUUUUAGAUUAUGAUUUCAAUCAAUGUGCAAAACGUUACUCUUACAAAUACACAUGUCUGUGCCUUUUCAGUCAGAAUGAGUUUUUUUUGCUAAGAUCCAAUUUGGGAGAAGGUUGUACACGGUGACGGGCAGUGCAGCGGUGUGAACAGUUCCUGUCACGACAGCCAAAAUAAUGAUAUCAUGAUUGUCAACUCUGAGGUGGUAGAAUCAUGCUGGUGUUUUCGUGUUCAAACCCAUUUACUACAAAUCAAGUGGUUUUUUUUCUACUUAAUUGUUUCUUAUUCCGCUGGAAAGACACUUUCUGGAGUCAUAAUCAUGUAAACAUAAACCUGCAGAGACUUGAAACCUCACCGUUAAAGUCAUCUCUCAAUCUUUCUUUGUCAAAGUUGGAUCAUUGUUGUUUUGUAAUGUGACACAGUAGAGUGUCAGUUCACACUUUUCUAGUGUUACCGUUCAACUGUGACCAUCUUUGAGCAACAUACAGGAAAUGCUGACAUGUGCACUGUAUGAAUCAGUGCUUUUGAGAAAUGUUCAAGUCUCUGCAUGAAGAGCUCAUUUCUCACUCUGCAAUAGUAGGGAUAUGUUUCCCAACCGAAGGCCGGCUGGAUGGUCAGAGUCUGCAUUCUGCUUGAGGUGUGGUCGCAAAAAAAACAUUAAAACUGCAACUAAAAACUGUCCUCAGAAGUGUUUAUGUUGUAAAAUAAUGAGAAAACAGAUUAACAAUUUGAAAGGUGGCAGUGGCACGCCUAAAAACCUGUCAGUAAAGGCAAAGAGGAAAACUGCUCGCUUGUAGACAUGGCCUUCAACUGAAGAUUUCAAAAUUCCUACCAGAGAGAAAAAUGUCUCUGCAAAUGUUUUCAGAGAAAGGAACCCACUUGAUAGACCUGUAAAAUACAAAAGUAGCUCAGCUGAUAUACCAUGAAUGUAAACAGAACCACAGGGCGCCUUUAAUUUACCACGAUGUAAAAGAAAAGAAGCAAACCCUCGCGUUUAAUUUAGUAAAAUCAGCGAGUAUGUGGCUUUAUUAUACAGUGAAUGAACAAUUAGUUGUAUAAAUAUGUUUGUGAUUAUUUGUCUGUGGUUUGGCUUUGAGGGAUUUGUAGUAAAUGGGCAAAAAAAAAACAACACUAAAAUAAUCCUUGAAAUAACACCAAGGAGCCGGGCUGUCGUUUUACAGGCAGGAGAUUAAAUGUACUGAUGUCAUAUGGAACAUAACUCUUCCCUGAAGCCUCAGUUUGUGAGUUAAACUACAAACCUGCAUCACUGCUCUUUGUGUGGCAGGGCUGCCAUCUUUUGAUCACAGCUUGAAUGUCACAUUUGCACACACUUAAAUUGAAUGGAGCUGCACUGUGUCGACCAUCAUCAUGUCACUUGCAGACAUUUCUGUGCACCUUUUUCUUCUUUUUUCUUUUCUUGACAAUUAGAUGCUUGCCUGUUCUCAGCUGUUGUCAGACAACACUCAUAAACGCGGUUUGUUUGUGCGGCUCAUUGUGUCUGUCGUCAUCUCUUGUCAAUGUACAGAGCUACGUGCACUGUCAGAAUCUUCUUUCAAAGCAAAUCAAUAAAAGAUGCACUGUUUACACUUGGAGAUUUCAUUAAGAA